AUGAAGGCCGUGAAGAACUGGUCUCGCCAGAUUCUCCGAGGCCUUCUGUACCUGCAUAGCCAUGACCCUCCCAUCAUUCACAGAGACCUGAAGUGUGACAACAUUUUUGUCAACGGCAACCAAGGGGAGGUUAAAAUUGGCGAUUUGGGCCUUGCUGCCAUCUUGAAGCACAAGAACGCCGCUCACAGCGUCAUCGAGCUCUACGAAGAGGAAUACAACGAGCUCGUCGACAUUUAUGCCUUCGGCAUGUGCGUGCUGGAAAUGGUUACUCUGGAGUAUCCUUACAGCGAGUGCAAAAACGCUGCGCAGAUUUACAAGAAAGUUGUUUCGGGAAAGAAGCCUGCAGCGCUGGACAAGGUUAAAGAUCCAGAAGUGCGAGCGUUUGUGGAGAAGUGCCUGGCGACUGCGUCACGCCGCCUUCCAGCAAGAGAGUUGUUGAUGGACCCGUUCCUCAACGAUGGUGAUCGUGGGGGUCUCGGAAACCUUGACAUGUCGCAUCUCUCUCGCUCCAUGUCCAAAGGAAGCGACUUAUCAAGCGUGGGAAGCCGAGGCCAGGAAUCAUACAGCCUUUCAAGUUCUCUGUUUGAAUAUCAGGGAAAGAAGCCUGCAGCGCUGGACAAGGUUAAAGAUCCAGAAGUGCGAGCGUUUGUGGAGAAGUGCCUGGCGACAUCGUCACGCCGCCUUCCAGCAAGAGAGUUGUUGAUGGACCCGUUCCUCAACGAUGGUGAUCGUGGGGGUCUCGGAAACCUUGACAUGUCGCAUCUCUCUCGCUCCAUGUCCAAAGGAAGCGACUUAUCAAGCGUGGGAAGCCGAGGCCAGGAAUCAUACAGGUCAAAGUCAAGCCCGGAAAAGCCUGUGUUGCAGACGGAGACGCAUUCUACACAGUCUGGCAAUGUUGAGAAUGAGGUUUCUGAACAGCAGCUGAAGAGUACAAGCAGAUCCAGCGACAGUGAUCUUGACGGUUUGCAUGAGGCAGAUAGGCUUCACUGCAGUCGAGACUUCAAAGUUAAGGGAAAGCUGGUUGAUGAUGAUGACCACACAGUGUUCCUUCGUUUAAGGAUUGUCGAUUCAGAAGGGUUGGUGCGCAACAUUCACUUUCCCUUCAACAUGGAGGAAGACACGGCUUUUAGUGUUGCGAGCGAGAUGGUUGAAGAGCUUGCUCUUUCCGACCAAGAUGUGACCAGCAUCGCCGAGAUGAUAGACGCGGAAAUCAUGAAGCUCGUUCCUGAUUGGAAACCUGGUCCAUCUUUUGACGAAACGGAGGGCUCAGAGGGGACCAGCAGCGAGGUUGGUGAUGCAGACGAUCAAGAAGAGCAGGAGGCAGAAGGUGAAGAAGCUGUGGGCCAUCUGAGUACAGUUUUGUCAGCCAACUCAUUGCCUGGGCGAUCUUCAGACAGGUCGCGUUCAGCCUCUCCAUCGCGUUCGCGUUCUCGGUCUCAAUCUUGCCAGCGGAAUUGGCCAAGUGCUACUUCACCUUCUGCGUCGACAAAACUCUUCUCUGGCUCGCCUGCGAACGGUGGCCUUGAUCAUGUCGGUGUCACUCAUGGUCGCUUCUGGGAAGGCUUACCAGGCACGGUCGCUGACGGCGGGGCUGGGUUUUCCAGCGAUGAGUCAGACGAAGGGGCACAGCAUCGAGGAUCAGGGACGUUGUGCGAUUCUGAAGAUCGAGGCCAUGUUGAAGAGGAGGAGGCGAUUGUUGUCGCGGCUGGAGAUGCACCAGUGAAAAGGUUCGCGGCUGAUGAUAUUGGCCUUCCGCUAGCUUCGGAUGGUUCAAGUGAAAUUCGGAGGGAUUCAGCUUCGAGCGGGAGGAAGAGCCUGACGGAUUUUAGCGCUGUGAUGGAGCUCAAAAGACACAGCGAGGCGUCCGGAGGUUGGGAUUCUAUGCUGCACAGCCAGUCGGUGGCGGAGCUUCCACGGGGAGGUCCUAGCCCGUGGAGCUCAUCGGGUGAGCUAGAAAGAGGUGAUGGGGACGACGACUUGAUGAGGGAAGAGGAGGAGCUUCGGCUGGAAAGGGAACACGAGAUGCAGGAGCUGGAAAUGCGGUAUUGGCAGCGAUUGCUUGCUGUGAGGAACAGGCACAGAAGAGGCAAGAUUGAUAGCUUCUCCGGUCCCAUGCCUGGUUCAAGUUCGAACGAGCUCAACCGAAAUCCGUUUCCACACCGAGAGCAUGAGCGAUUUCCUGGACCUGGCGGCCGUUUUAACGGGCUUGAACCAGGUGUACCGUAUUCGUCGCGUUCUCAACCGCUGCUGUAUCAUGGUGAUGCAAGGGCAGGCUUUCGCUGGGGUGGUGAUGAACGUGGUGAGCCGGAGUAUUACGCGAAGGAGAAGAGUGGUAGUGGGAACUACGCGAAAGGCGAUUGGGAUCCCCAUGGGGGCUCAAAGGAUCCGCGGGACAGGCAUCAUUCGUCGCGUCCCGAUUGGGAGAGGGUGCCGCCGCAUCACAGUUCCAGUGGACAUGCUGUGGAGAGGGACCAGCGCUGGGGAUGUGGUCGGGACGGCCCAGGGAGAGAUGCGGGGCACGAUGGCCGGGGAAGAGGUUGGGAGCGAGAUCUGGAUGGCGAUCGUGAGCAAGGACGCACAGAACCUACUCGCCAGCACAUGUAUCCUUCCAGAGAUUCGUCCCGUUCGCCACCUGCAAAAUGGGGCGAGCUGGUGCAGGAUCCGAAUGCUCCGCCCUGGUGGUUGACCCAGCAGAGAGCUGGGAUGCUGCCUGCGCAUUUGUACGCGAACGGAGGAGAUGGGGAGUAUUAUGGUGUGGCUCCUCAUCGGUUUGAUUAUGGACCAGGGAAGAAGUGGGAUCCACGUGAUUGGUCCAGAGAAGAAGCUUUUCGCAGAGCUGAACCGUGGAGGUUUCAACCUAGAGACGUCGAGCCUGGUGAAGACCCGUGGGCGAAGCAUAACCGGAGGGAGCAGUAUGACGGUGGCAGGUACGACAAAGUGGAACGGGAUCGAAGAGGUGAUAUCGAGGAGGAUGGUUCUGGCCAUGGUGGUCGAGCUUACCAGAGGCUUGUGGCGGGACAAAGGGACGAGGAGGCUUACUGGCAGGCUAGGAAGGAUCCGAGGGACUUUGAUCCCAAGUUUGACAGAGGUUCUGGUUCCAAGGGUGACACAGGUGGGACUCGUAAGGGAGGAGUGGAUAGGGAGAGGUCGGACUAUCAGGAAGAAGCAGCUGGGUUUCGAAGGCGAGAGGUUGGUGGUGUGGGAGAGCCUAUGCUGCAGGAGAGACGGGGGGCGGAUGGGAAGGGAGAUCAGCACGUUUCUGACAUGAGCAGGAGGGAUGUGGAGGGUGAUCCAAGCAGAGCUCUGCGAAAGCAUUUGCAGGAGCAAAGCUCUGGUGAAGUUUCCAAGGGAGGGGAUCGCGGUGGAAGGUUUUCUUCUGCUGUUGCUAACCUUGCAACUGAGACGUCUGCUUCUUGGAGCCCAAGCAGGAGCCAUCAGCUGUCCCCGCAAUCUCAUGAACAGGAGGGGCUUGGGGGACUGGAUCUGCGGAAGGCAUCUUCUGAAAGGGUGGUGACAAACUUUUCGAGUACAGGCAGGGAGCAUGCUUCCAAGUCUGAUGCAGCACCUCCGUCGACGAAGUUCGUGGCGUUGCAAAGAGAGGAAAGCAAGGAGUUUGAUUCGGAUGGGCAUUUGAGGAUGGCGGGCAAAUCAGGAGAACUUGGAGUGCAGGCUGGGCGGAGGGAUUCUGAUGGAGAUUCCCAGGGCAGACUGCAACACAGCAACUCCGGACAAAAGAUUGCUGCUUCGAACAGAGGUGAAGGUGCACAUCUGGGGCCUGCCUUGCAUCCAAGGGAGGUCCCAGAUUCUGUUGUGCCAUCUGAUGCUCACACACAUGGGCAGCAAAUGAAGAAAGAGCAGCUACAGAAAUCGAUUGCAGAGCUGGAGGCGAAGACACUGCAAGGCCUUGUGAACAACAAGACCCAGAAGAAUGGGUUUGCACCAUCCAGCUCCAGCAAUCCCUUGGCCAUGAAGAAGCCAAGCAUCAGCACUCGUCCACCCCAGUCCGCCCCGUUACCACUAGAUUCCCCUUCUCUCGCGCAGCCCCCUGAAGCAGUUUGCGGAGCGGAAGGCUACCCCGCGCAGCCUUUCGCGGAUCCUUUGGCGCAGCCGCAGAUGGCGGAGAGGGAGGCGGUGCCCUCCGCGGAUAGGGAAUCCGCGGGCGCUGUUUCCGCGCCCGCCGCCGCUGCCCCGCAGCCCCGCCACCCGCUGCAGCCGCAGCCAUCGGCGCACGGCGGCGCCGCGCUGCCGCACGACGCGCAAGCCGCGCAGACCGGCAGCGGCUUCCGCGAGGGAUCGCGCGAGCGCGAGCGGGAGGCGGAAGGCGAGGCGCUGUCGGUGCGGUUCAACCAGGACUUCACGUGCUUCGCGUGCGGGACGCGCGGCGGCUUCCGCGUGUUCUGCUGCGACCCGCUGUGGGAGACGAUUCGGCGCGACUUCGACGGGCGCGGCGUGGGCAUGGUGGAGAUGCUGUUUCGCUGCAACUUCCUCGCGUUCGUUGGCGGCGGUCCCAACCCGUGCUACCCGCCCAACAAGGCAAUGAUUUGGGACGACAGCCACAGCAGGUGCAUCGGAGAGCUCACCUUCCGCAGUGAAGUGAGGGGCGUUCGGCUGAGGAGGGAUCGCAUUGUGGUGGUGCUAGAGCAUAAGGUUUACGUCUACAACUUUGCAGAUCUUAAACUGCUGCACCAGGUGGAGACGUUGUCCAACCCCCGAGGGCUGUGCGAGGUGUCUCAGUCGCCCAACAGUUUCGUUAUGGCGUGCCCUGGCAAGCACCGGCAGCAGAUCCGUGUGGAGCUGUUUGAUCAGCGUCGCACGCACUUCAUAACGGCCCACGACUCGGAGCCUGCCUGCAUCGCGCUCUCGCUGGACGGGCAGCGGCUGGCGACGGCCAGCAGCAAGGGCACGCUGAUUAGAGUGUUCAACACGGCUGAUGGCACCAAGCUGCACGAGCUACGGCGGGGAGUGGAGAGGGCAGACAUCUACAGCCUCGUCUUCUCACCCAAGGCGCCCUUCCUCGUGGCAGCCAGUGACAGAGGCACGAUUCACGUGUUCUCACUCAGGCACUCCCAAGGGCAGGGGCAGGGGCAGGGGCAGGAGGAUGGGGUGGGGGGCGGAGAGGGGAAGGGAGGGGCAUCAGGGAGUGGCGGGGGAGCCGUAUCAGCACUGUCAUCGUUUGGACUGAUGAAAGGAGUCCUCCCAAAGUACUUCAGUGACGAGCGAUCGCUGGCGUUCUACCGAGUGGGCGUGCACACGCGCAUGCUCGCUGCCUUUGGUGCCGAGGCCAACACCGUCAUUGUCGUCGGCAGCACUGGCGCGUUCUACAAGCUCCAGUUUGACCCGCAAACAGGCGGCGAGAUGAGGCUAUUGGAGGCGGCAAACUUCCUUGCAACAGAAGACGAGCAGAUCUGA